UUUGGAGCGACCAGCGCGCGGCCCGCGGCCUGAGCCGGUCCUGAGGCGCCGGCGGGCCGCGCCGGAUCUGUGGGCGCAGUGUCUGUGGGCGCCUAGCCCGGCCGGGCCCAUGUGCGCGCGGCCUACCGCGGGCCGCCCGGGCUUCGCCUCCGCCCGGUCCCUGGCCUCCACCCGGGCCUCCGAGGAGCCGCCGCGACGCCCGGCCCGCGGGGCAGGUGAAGAGAUUCUACAUCUACUGAAUGAAGAAUUUUUUCUUAAAGUUGCAUGUACUCCAAGAAAAAGCCCCAAAUGUUUUUAUAUUUUGCCUAAAUAUAAAAUUUAAACGAGGAGUUUCCACAGAAGCUCUGUGGCCAGCACCAUGUUCUGGAAGUUUGACCUGAGCGCCACGUCGCACGUUGACAAGCUGCUGGAUAAGGAGGGCGUGACGCUGCGGGAGCUGAUGGAUGGAGAAGACAUCCUGCAGGAGUGCAAGGCCCAGAACCGGAAGCUGCUGGACUUCCUGUGCCGGCGGCAGAGCAUGGAGGAGCUGGUGGGCCUCGUGACUCAGGACCCAGCCCUGGACCUGGAGGAGAGGGCCCGCUUCAAAUACCCGAACACAGCCUGCGAGCUGCUGACGUGCGACGUGCCACAAAUCAACGACAGGCUGGGAGGCGAUGAGACUUUGCUGAACGUUCUUUACAACUUCCUGGACCGUGAGCCGCCCCUCAACCCUCUGCUCGCCAGUUUCUUCAGCAAGACCAUUGGUAAUCUCAUUGCAAGAAAAACUGAACAGGUGAUUGCGUUCCUGAGGAAGAAGGACAAGUUCAUCAGCCUGGUGUUGAAGCACAUCGGCACGUCGGCCCUCAUGGACCUGCUGCUGCGCCUGGUCAGCUGCGUGGAGCCUGCGGGGCUCCGGCAGGAAGUCCUGCAUUGGCUUAAUGAAGAGAAGACCAUUCAGAGACUCGUGGAGCUGAUCCAUCCAAGUCAGGAUGAAGACAGGCAGUCCAACGCUUCCCAGACGCUCUGUGACAUCGUCCGGCUGGGCAGGGAGCAGGGCAGCCAGCUGCUGGAGGCUCCGCAGCCAGACCCCCUCCUCACGGUGCUGGAGUCGCAGGAGUGCGUGGAGCAGCUGCUGAGGAACAUGUUUGAUGGAGUGCAGACUGAGCUCUGCCUCGUCAGCGGGACGCAGGUGUUACUUACCUUGCUGGAGCCCAGGCGGGCGGGGUCAGAGGGCUUGCUGGACUCCUGCUCUCAGGGACUGGACAGGUCGUGCACCAUCAGCCCCGGUGUCCUGCAUGGCAUCGAGCCGCGGCUGAAGGACUUCCACCAGCUUCUGCUCAGCCCACCCAAGAAAGCAGCCAUCCUGACCUCCGUCGGCGUGCUGGAGGAGCCCUUGGGCAACGCGCGCCUGCACAGCGCCCGCCUCGUGGCCGCCCUGCUGCACACAGGCACACCCAGCAUCAACCAGGAGCUCUGCCGGCUCGACACCAUGGGGCUGCUGCUGGACCUGUUUUUUAAGUACACUUGGAAUAAUUUCCUGCACCUCCAAGUGGAGCUCUGCAUAGCCGCCAUCCUGUCCCACGCUGCCCAGGAGGACAGGGCCGCAGCCAGUGGACCCGAGGGGGUGCUGGAGCCUCCACCCUCCAGUGGGGACCCAGCAACCCCCCAGCCUGCCAGCAGCCUCCCCGAGAGCACCAUGGUGACCCACCUGUUCCAGAAGUGUUGCCUGGUCCAGAGGAUCCUGGAGGCAUGGGAAGCCAACGACCACACUCAGGCGGCGGGCGGCAUGAGGCGCGGGAACAUGGGCCACCUCACCCGGAUUGCCAACGCGGUGGUGCAGAGCCUGGAGGGGGGCCCCCUGCAGAGCCAGGUCAGCGAGGCCUUCCGAGGGCUCCCGGCGGACUGCCGCGGGCGCUGGGAGAGCUUCGUGGAGGAGACGCUGUCGGAGGCCAACCGCAGGAACGCGGUGGACCUGGUGAGCACACACCACCUUCACCCCUCGAGUGAGGAUGAGGACAUGGAGGGCGUCCUCCCCAGCGAGCUGUCGCUGCAGCAGGCGUUCUCCGAGUACCAGGUCCAGCAGAUGACAGCCACCUUCGUGGACCAGUUUGGCUUCAGCGACGAGGAGUUUGCUGAGCAGGACGACAGUGUCAACGCCCCAUUCGACAGGAUCGCAGAGAUCAGCUUCAGCGUCGAUGCUGAUGACGACAGCGUGAGUCCGCGGGGUCUCUCGGAGGCGGCCAGGCUUUGUGGGCGCAAGGCCACGGGGCCCACGUGCACUCUCUCGCAGCCUGGCGCCGCGCUGUUUGAGGCCUGCUGCAGCGACCACAUCCAGCCCUUCGACGAGGACGACGAUCUCUGGGAGGCCGAGGAGACGCACCGUGCUGCCCGCGUGACCAGAGCCAGGUUCGGGGCCCCCCACGCCUCAGAGCGCUGCCUGAAGGAGAGCCCAGAGCGCCGAGGCCAGGGUGCAGGCGAGGGUGUGGAUGCAGCUCAGGCAGGCUCGCCGUGCGAGGGCGGCUCAGAAGCAGGCUCCCCAUGGGCCGUGCCUGAUGGGCCAGCGACUCCCAUGGCUGCCAGCCCGGCCCCAGCAGUGGCGCUGGACGUGGGUUCCAGUGUGUGGGCAGCCGGCUCCCCCAGCACCUCUGCUCCAGAGGAGAAAGGCUGGGCCAAGUUCGCCGACUUCCAGCCUUUCUGUUGCUCUGAGUCGGGGCCGAGGUGCAGCUCCCCGGUGGACACUGGCCACGGUGAUGCCCAGGCUGGCCUGAACCAGGGCCCAGAGAGAGCCCUUGGUGCCUGGAGCACAUGUGUCCCCAGGAAAGCAUCCCUGGUGGCCGCCAGCAGCCGCGAGGAUGAGCAGAAGGCAGCUGCUGCCUCGGAGGCUGUCGGUGUGGGUCCCAGCCAGAAGGCCUCCCCGCUGUCCGUGUUGGGCCCCAGGGCUGACUGUGCCCCCAGCUCACCGCCCGGCUCGGUGCCCCUGGACCCUGCCGAGGUGCCCACUGCCUCCGCUGAGGCCACCAUGACGGGCCCUGCGCCCCAGGCCGUCUCCCCCGUGCUGGCCGUGGCUGUCCCCCCCGGGCCCAUGGUGGCCGUCACCACCGCAGCCCCCGCCAGCCCAGCCGUGUCCAUGGCAGCCGCCUUAGGGACAGUGCCAAGAGACAGACAGGCUGGCGGGCCACCACCCUCUGGAGCCGCCCUCAGUGGCCCCGUGUGACGCCGCUGCUGCGCAGUCUUGGCACCCAGCCCAGAAAAGCACCUGGUGAUGCAGUCUCUUUUUAAUUUAAUUUAAUUUAAUUUUAAAAUAAAUGCUGCAUUGGUAAAGCUGGCACUUGGAACUAGCCAGACAGCCCCGCCUGCAUUUCUCCUGCCUGACCCCGACCGGGUGGCCACGGGGGUCCAGCCCCACACACAGCAAUAAGGCCUUGGCCGUGGCUCUGCCUGUGGGAGCCCGGGGCUGCGACCCCAGAGGCCCGAGGGCCAGGCCAGACCCCACAGACUCCCUGCCUGUUUUUUUUACCAGUUUUUUCUUAGCAGAUGCAGGAAGAGCCACGUGUUUGCACUUUUUAUCUAGCGCAGGAGAGGGUCUCCAAGGCUCUGGGGCCAGAUGCGGGGCUGGAGCAGGGCUGGCCAGACGGGGUCCCUAGCUGCCCAGAGCUGGGAGCGGGCCGUGCCAGGCUGCAAAUGACUGCCUUAAAUCCCAAGCCCCUGCAGCCUGGCAGGGUGUCCUGGGCCUCCCGCAGUGCGCGCUGGCGGUGUGGGCCGUGGGCGGGGCGGGGCGCCCCCAGCAGUGCUGGGGGGCGCCAAGCUGUCCGGGGGCAGGGGGUGGUCUGCAGGGUCAGCUCACAUGACCUGACGAUCUGACAGCACUCAGACCCUCGCCUCCAAUAAAGGUUGUCUCUCACCUACA